AUGGAAAAGGUCAUUCACGACUUCUACUUAGAUCUCUUCGACUGCCACGUCCACUUGCCUCAUCACCAUCUGAGGGAAGAUGGACAUGUCACUCCAAAGGUCCUCCCUUCCGAAGUCCGACAUGCCACCAUGUCGGUGAAGAAUUGUACUUCACCUGGCCUCGAGAGAGUCAAGCCUGAACAUCUGAAAGACCUACCGCCAGUCCUCAUCGACACACUGGCGAGGCUCCUCACUCGUUAUCUGUCGGAAUGA